AUGGCCUUGCAAGUUCAUCUCGUCCGCCACGCAGAAUCUGUUCACAAUCAGGCCCAGCAGCUUAUCCAAUCGUUUCCAGAUGCCCCCAAGGUGGGUGCAAUCAACACCUCUCCACUAAAACGUGCCAUCCAAACCACCCUCGCUGGCUUUUCGCACAUCCUUGAUAAACGCUAUUUCGAUACCAAAUCUGGGCAAGGUAUAGAAAACGGUGCAACGCUUAUCCUGGACCCAAAUUUGCAGGAGAGGAGUGCGCUUCCCUGUGAUACUGGAUCGGGAUCGGAAGACCUGGACCAGGCUUUCCCGAAGCUAGUGAAAGAAGGCUUCUAUUCUCCAGCCGAUGAGGCGGUAAAGGAGCGGGCGAAAAGGGCGACAUCUCGAAGUUCGGCAGUUAGCGAAGGCCUGAAAAAUCAAAAGCGUACGCAUAUUGUGGUUGUGACUUAUGGGGUCUUCAUGAAAUUCUUGUCAAGAGACUCUGAGAUUGAUCUCCUGAAAGCAGGUUGGUGA